AUGUCAAGCUCUGUCCAAGUGAAAGAAGUUGUACUGAUCACCCCUUCAGAGCCAACCCCAACUCAAGUUCUUCACCUCUCUGCUUUGGACUCUCAGCUCUUCUUGAGGUUCACCAUUGAAUACUUAUUGGUCUUCAAGUCUCGCAAUGGUUUGGACAAAAAUGCAACCACGGCUCGUGUAAAAUCGGCACUGGCUCGAGCCUUGGUCCCUUAUUACCCACUAGCUGGAAGGGUUCGGGCUAGGACCGGUGGUGUUUCGGGCUUAGAGGUCCUGUGUCGAGCCCAAGGUGCGUUUUUUGUUGAAGCUGUCUCCGAUCAUUCUCUUUCCGAGUUUGAGGGAGCUCCACGAUAUGUGACUCAGUGGAGGAAGCUGUUGUCGUCCUACGUGUCAGAUGUCCCCAAAGGGGCCCCACUUCUCGUGGUUCAGCUUACUUGGCUUGCGGAUGGUGGGGCCACGUUGGGUGUUGGGUUUAGCCAUUGUAUGUGUGAUGGCAUUGGAAGCGCUGAGUUUCUCAACUCGUUCGCAGAGUUAGCUACUGGUAAACGUGGACACACUGAAUUCAAGCCCAAACCAAUCUGGGAUAGACAUCUUCUCGACCCGUCACCAUUUUUGCCGACUCAACCCAACUCAGUGAGUCAUCCAGAGUUCAACCGAGUACCUGACCUUUCCGGGUUCGUAUCUCGUUUUUCUCAAGGACGUCUCAUACCCACCUCAUUCACAUUCGAUAAACGAAGGUUAAACGACUUGAAGAAGCUUGCUAACUCCAAGAGCCGACUCAAUGAGUCAUCAUCAUUCACCUCGUUUGAGGUCCUCUCAGCUCAUAUAUGGAGAAGCUGGGCAAGAGCAUUAAAUUUACCAUCCAACCAGGUGUUGAAACUGCUGUUCAGCAUCAACAUUCGCAACCGAAUGAAUCCGAGUGUGCCCAGUGGUUAUUACGGCAACGCCUUCGUACUCGGUUGCGCCCGAACCAGCAUGAAGGACUUGACAGAAAAAGGUUUAGGGUACGCAGCAGAGUUGAUGAAGAGAGCGAAAGAGAGAGUAAACGAGCAGUACGUGAGAGAAGUUGUGGAAAUGGUGAGUUCGAGUCAGGCGAGUCCUGACUCAGUUGGUGUGUUGGUACUGUCGCAAUGGUCAAGGCUAGGAUUAGACAGGGUAGACUUUGGGCUUGGUAGGCCCGUGCAGGUGGGUCCCAUUUGCUGUGAUAGGUACUGUCUGAUGUUGCCUGUCUAUGAUCAGAAGGACGCUGUGAAGGUGAUGGUUGCGGUCCCCACUAGUGUCGUUGACAAAUAUGACUCCCUGAUCAGGAGCACCAACUCCUGAUGAUGGUGUAAUCAAUACCGAUUGGCU